AUGUCGACCAUUUCUUCCGCAGGCUUUACGAUUAACCAUGCAUCCGCUACCAACUGGCAAGGAGAUUUGUUGAUAAAGUUGCAGGCGAGAGAUAGAAGGGAAAAAGCGUUCACCGAUUUCGUCGAUUCCUAUAAUUCACUAGUUCAAAAACUCGGGAAGUUUGCCGAGAGAAAUGCGGAGUUAGAAAUUUCAGAAAAGUCGGCUACCGAAAAACACACCAAUUUAUCGCGGGAGGUUGAUAUAUUACGAGAGCAAGGGAGCCCCAUAAAUCAGAGGAGGACAUUAGAAUUAGAACAGCAAAUCCAAAAUCUGAAGGAAGAACGGGCGGAAUUGUAUAAAACUCAAGGAACGAAUGCUCAAAGAUUACUAGACCUGAACGACGUUCUAAGAAAUCUUGAAGAACAGUCCAAAAAACAACAAGAAGAUAUUCAGAGGUUAACCGAGAUCAAUCAAACACUGACCAAAAAAGUUGACAUUCAGGUUCAGGUCCUACGAGAGAAGGAUGUUACGAUACAGCUGCUGCAAGAUGAAGCCGCAACGCUGCAACUGGAGUUAGGUAAGAUGGAUGAACGCAUGAAGGAUCUAGAAAAGGAAAACGGACAACUUCUGCAACGAUGGUUGAAAAAAAUGAACGAGGAGGCGGAUAAGAUGAAUGAGGCUAACUUGUUUUACGAAAGUGCACUGGAGGUUCAUGCAAAAGCGUUAGAAUUUCAAAGUGGCGUUGUAAUUGUGGACAAAGAGUUCACCCCUGCGCCUAAACCUGCCUCGCUACCGGAAGCCGGUUCUAUCGUUCCCGUUCAAAUAGAUCAAGAAGCCGAUCUCUUAGUCCCAUUAUAA